GUCUUUUAAUACAUGCCAGCGGAGAAUAAAAGGAAGAAUCGUUCAAACGAGGAAGACGAAGAAGUAGACGAAGAAGAUGAGGACGAUGACGAAGACGACGACGGCGGCGCCCUCUUCAAGUGGUCCGAUGAAUUUCAUUUGACAAAUUGGAGCCAAGCGACGGACAUGGGCGAAGCAUUCAGCAGUUAGUUGGGACAGAAGAGCGCGCCGGGUUUUGCGGUUUCGCGGCCAUGCCGACGCAGUGGCCCCGCCCGCUGGUGGAGGUGGUGCGCCUGGGCCUGCUGCCCUACGGGGAAGCUCUGCGCGUGCAGGAGGCCUACGUCGGGCGGUGCCGGGCGGGCGCCGGCGCCUCCCACGCAUUGCUGCUGUGCCAGCACCCGCCCGUCUACACCACCGGCAUCCGGCAGAAGGGGCGCCCCCCCGCCGAGCUGGAGCGCCUGCGCCUGCUGGGGGCGCAGGUCCACAACGCCGACCGAGGAGGGCUGAUCACCUUCCACGGCCCCGGACAGCUGCUUUGCUACCCGGUCCUGCACCUGGCCGCUUUCAAGAGGAGCGUCCGCUGGUACGUGUCGCAGCUGGAGCAGACGGCCAUUUCGGCGUGCGCCGGCUUGGGCGUGGAGGCGUCCACGUCCCCUCACACCGGCGUUUGGGUCGGAGACAACAAGAUCUGCGCCAUCGGCAUCCGCUGCUCCCGCUACGUGACUUCGCACGGCCUGGCCCUGAACUGCGACACCGACUUGGCGUGGUUCGGCCACAUCGUCCCGUGCGGCCUGGAGGGCAAAGGCGCGACCUCGCUGAGCGCCGAGCGGGGUCGCCGCGUGACCGUGGACGAGGCCGUCCCGCACGUGCUGCGCGCCUUCGCCCGCCACUUCCGCUGCCGGCUGCUCGGCGACGGCCUUUAGGAGGCCCGCGUCUGAAGCCCGAGGCGGAGCCGGAGGGCGGCCGACGCCGUCAAAUUGGCCAAUUCCAACUUGGUCAAAGGCCCCUUUUUUCGGCCGCCAGAGUCGCUAAACGGCGGACCGGUGGCCGGUCACUGUCGGGCCUCAGGGAGACAAACAAGCGACCGGUCACGAGCCCACGCCAAGGUGCGUCACGAGCGGGGCUGGCCCAUGACUUUUGCAAAAAGGCCGCAUGAGAAAGGAGGCCAAACCGACACGCUCACCUCACUUUGCUUUGCUGAAAGCCGACGGCCUUGAUUUGCUCGGACUCUGUCCACGCGUGUUGACAAUAAAAGCGCUCCUUUCAAAAUAAAAGCAUUUCCUUCGA